AUGAAUUUAAUUUAUCUUUCCUAUUUAAUAAUUAUUUUUAUGCCUCUAUUCUCUCUCACUUUAAAUCUUGAAGGGGCUAAAUUUUGUAAUUUUCCAACUCCAACUGGUACUAAUGUAACAGACAAAACAUUUUUUAUUAAUGGCCACAAAGAUUUUGGAGGACAAAGAAUUAUAUAUAAUGGACAGAAAGGGACAUGCAAUCCAAACAUUCCCAAAAAUUGGGAAUCUGUAAUUAUUAUACAAGAUGGGGGCAGUGUAAGCAAUGUGAUACUUGGUGCCUCCCCAGACGGAACAUCUUCUGAUAUUUGUUGUCUGGGCAGUUGUACUCUAAAUAAUGUCUUCUGGGAGAAUGUCUGUUGGCGUGCUGCAAGUUUUCGAGCUCCAACUGGUUUUAAUCGGGAACAGAAGAACAAAGGUGGCACAUCUAAAGAGUUUACUUAUACUGUAAACGGAGGAGGUGCAUUGGACGGCUUUCAAAAAAUUUUCGAUCAAAGCGGUCCAGGAAAGUCUAUAAUAAAUAAAUUCUGUGCAGCAAAUUGUGAAAUAGCGCUAAGAUCGUGUGGGGAUUGCGGACUUCAAUAUCAAAGAGGAUUGACUAUUACCGACUCCAAAUUUAUGGGUCCUGGACUUACUAUUAUAGGUGCAAAUGCAAACCUAAAGGAUCAGGUGACGCUAAGCAAUGUUGAAGUUUAUGGUUAUAACAAUCCUAAAACUAAAAUCGCUUUUGCGUGCUCGGAAUACAACCCACCAUCAGAUAAUUAUGUUGGGUAUGAACCAGGGAAGGCUGGGACUGGAACUAGUUGCAAAUAUGGCGCUGGUGCCGUUACAGUUAUAAAUUGAGGAAAAUGAAGAGAGGAAAAUGAAAGAUGGAGGGAUAUAAAAAU